UUCAUCCAUCGACGACCAUCUCUCGAGAUACCUCACAAUCUUUACUUCAAACGUUACGAUUUGAGAAUCUCGAUUCUACUAAACCGCCAAAAUGGUCAAGACCUCCGUCCUCAACGAUGCGCUUAACGCCAUGAACAACGCCGAGAAGGCUGGCAAGCGCCAGGUUCUCAUCCGUCCUUCCUCCAAGGUCAUCGUCAAGUUCCUUUCUGUCAUGCAGAAGCACGGCUACAUCGGCGAGUUCGAGGAGGUCGAUGACCACCGCUCCGGCAAGAUUGUCAUCCAGCUCAACGGCCGUCUCAACAAGUGUGGUGUCAUCAACCCCCGCUACCCCGUCCAGCUCCGUGACCUCGAGAAGUGGGCUACCCAGCUCCUUCCCUCCCGUCAGUUCGGUUACGUUGUCCUGACUACCUCCGCUGGUAUCAUGGACCACGAGGAGGCUCGCCGCAAGCACGUUGCUGGCAAGCUCCUCGGCUUCUUCUACUAG